AUGGAGGAAGCCCAAGUUGUACCUGUCCCAGCUGCGGAUUCCAUUUCACGGCCAAGCCAGACUUCGGCUCUAGUAUCUGCAAGUUUACAACAGCUCCCUGGCCUUUCUAUGCUAGCUGCGAGCAACGCGGCUCAAGAGUCACCGCAGUUGAGAGCUACCGCCGCACCUCAAAACCCAACAUACACAGGGGCGACGCCUGCCGCGACGAAUGGUAACGGUAACCUGCCCACGUGCCAAAACUGCACCACUUCGACCACGCCUUUAUGGCGUCGCGAUGAGUUUGGCUCAGUUCUUUGCAACGCUUGCGGCCUCUUUCUCAAGCUACACGGCCGACCAAGACCAAUUUCCCUCAAGACAGACGUCAUCAAGAGCCGCAACCGUGUCAAGACGAUCCGGCCGGAUCUCGCAGCUAAAAAGAAGCAGCAGCAGCAGCAGCAGCAGCAGCAGCAGGCGGCGCAAAGCUUUGGGUUAAGUGCCGCUGAUAUCAGUGGUGUCGAUCUCGACGCGCAGAAUGCCGCCGCCCAAGCGAUUCGACGGACCUCACAAAAAGCCAUCAACGGCAACGAGGGGUCGGAUUCGCCCAUCUCUCGCACGGGUACUCCGUCCAUGUACAACCAGGGGCUCACCUCGUUUAUGGUUGACGACCCCUACCAAACCGGCGGGUUCAACGGCACAUCGGACAACGGCGAUCGCGAUAUGCCUCAGACGCACGAGCAACUGAUUGCACACAACUCCAGUCUAAAGACUCGUGUCAGCGAACUGGAGGUCAUCAACGAACUGUUCCGCGGCCGACUCAGCCAACUCGAACAACAAGAAGCUGCUGCCCGUAGAGGUCAGGAGGUUGCCGGCGUGGAGCAAACCCAGCUUCGAGAGCAGCUUGAAGCCACGCAACAGAGCGAGACGCAACUGCGCGCACAGCUAGAGGACAGUCACCGCCGCGAGAACAUCUUGAAACGUCGGUUGGAUGAGCUGGAGCUCGAACUAAAGGCAGCGAAGGAUGCAUCAGGUGAUGGAGCAGCUCGACCGACCAAGAAGCUCCGACUUGACCAACAUGCCGAAGCUGUCGCAAGUCCGGCACCGUUGCAAGAGGACCAAUUUCAGGCACUACAGGACCAACAGGACCAGCAGGACGAGCAGGACCAUUUCGGUGCGCUGGAGUCCCCUGGUGUAUCCAUCAAAGCAGAAGCCACCAACAUUGAAGAGCCAGUAGUGGAAGACCAAAUUACGGAGCAGUCUGUUUCGGAAGAAGUUUUAGCGGAGUCGACUGAAACUUCGGUUUCUUAG